ACCAAAAGUACACAUAUCCAAAUCCAAUUACUUCUCUUUCUGCCUAGAACCUUUGAACUUUCAGAAUAUAGUUGUACAGAAAGGGUUCCUUGGUUAUCUUUCCCAUGUUAGAUGAUCAGAAAGAAAGAUUCGGUAACUAGACAUGGGCAACUGCAGCGGCUUUGCUCUUCCAAAGUGGAGAAGCGAGCUACACAGUAAUGGCAUGGUUUCUAUUGAUCAGGAUGGGACUCAUGAAGGCAUAAAGACAAUUCCGAUUCAGAAAGCCUGUGAAUUCACCACCAACUCUCUGCUCUGCGUGUGCAUCAUCACAUGGAACAUGAAUGGCAAGAUGUCUGUGGAAGAUGUAACAAAAUUGGUGAGCUCCAACAGAAAGUUUGAUUUGCUAGUUGUUGGGUUGCAAGAAGCACCAAAAUGUGAUGUUUCACAAGUUCUGCAAGAAACCAUGGCCGAGACACACAUUUUAUUAGGUCAGAAAAGCAUGCAGUCUCUUCAGAUGUUUCUUUUCGGAUCAAGGAGUUCGGAGAACUACAUCAGAGAGAUGAAGGUGGACAAACAUGCAGUUGGAGGUUGUGGGGGUAUGAUUGGGAGAAAGAAAGGAGCUGUGGCCAUGUACAUCAACUUCAGUGGUAUCCGGAUGGUUUUUGUGUCCUGCCAUCUCGCAGCUCACGAAGACAAAGUGGAAAAGAGGAACUCAGAAUGCCAGCAUAUUUCACACUCGCUGUUCUCCAGGAAUGGCAUACCAUAUGCCAAAUCCGCCAACAUAACAGUGUGGCUAGGUGAUCUGAAUUAUAGACUACAAGGAAUAAGCUCCAUGCCUGCAAGGAAGAUGAUUGAGGAGAAUCGUCAGAGUAAGCUAAGAGGCAAAGAUCAGCUUCUGCAAGAAGCUGAAAAGGGUGAAGUAUUCGAUGGGUACUGUGAAGGGACCUUGUUGUUUAAACCAACGUACAAAUAUAACGUCGGAAGUAGCAGCUACGAUACAAGUUAUAAGAUAAGAGUGCCUUCUUGGACAGACAGGAUAUUGUUCAAGGUUGACAACUCUUCAGGUUUGGAUGCAAUCUUAAGCUCAUACGAAUCCCUCGACUGUGUUCAGAGCUCCGAUCACAAGCCUGUGAAAGCCCAUCUUUGUCUCAAAGUACGCAGCGACGGUGAUUAAUUUCUCCAGUUGGCAUAGCAGAGUCAUCGCUUACAGUGAUUACUUUCUUCUCAGAACAAUUUGUAAAAAUGUCGAAUUGCACAAAGCUGUAGGGGUGUGAAAUGUGGUGUAAACCAUCACCCCUUGGUGUUUUCUCCCCUUUUAUCACCUGGAAAAAAAAUGCGUAUAGUAUAGUUGCAGAAGGGUGGUGAACUGGUGAUUAAUUACUAGAGUAUUUGAUAUUUCUCCAAAUUAUAUGGCAUGGUAUGAUGGAAUAAUGUAGCGAGAAAUGGACCGAGGUGGACAUGCACAGCAAACAAAUGCAAAUUAUAUAUGAUUGCAGUCUUGCUUUCUUACCAUU